AUGGGGGGCGCGGCGCUGGUGCUGGCGCUGGCCCACGUUCUCAUGAGCCGCGCCGCCCCCCUGCGCCUGCGGGUGCUGGUGCCUGCGGUGGAGAACUCUGUGUCGGGUGACGCCUACCGCCCCCUGGACGUGCUGCAGUCCCGGGCGGGCAUCACGGUGGAGCAGGGCAACUGUGACGCGGAGGGGCGGCUCAUCCUGGCUGACGCGCUGGCUGAUGCGGCCUCUGACGCGCCAGACCUCAUCAUCGACGCCGCCACCCUCACGGGCGCGGCCCGCGCGGCGCUAGGCCCGGAGCUGCCGGCGGUGUUCAGCCGGGACGACGCGGCCUGGGCGCAGCUGGAGGCCGCCUCCCUGCAGCAGUCCGACCCCCUCUGGCGGCUGCCCCUGCACAAGGGCUACCGUCGCCUCCUCGACAGCAAGGUGGCCGACAUCGGCUCUGUCAGCAGCGGCGACACGCCCCAGGGCGGAGCCAUCGUGGCCGCGCUCUUCCUGUCAGAGUUUGUGCCGCCCUCCUGCCCCGCCUGGCUGCACCUGGACACGGGCGCGUGGGUGGGGCCGGGGGCCGCGCGCCCGGGGCGGCCCGAGGGCGGCGAGGCGCUGGGGCUGCUGGCUCUGGCAGCCAUGGUGGAGGCGCGCUACGGCGGCGGGCGCGCCGGCGGCGGCGUCGGCGGCGACGCGGCAGACAGCGGCGCAACCGAGGGGCCCCGGGCGCUGUACGAUGAGGGCCUCGCCAACGGCACCUACAGGGCCGACCCCCUGCAGGCGGUAACCGUGAAGAAGCUGCAGCUUCUGUACGAUGAGCUGCGCGUGUCGUACCGGCGCCCCUCGCGCCCCAGCAGCGGCCUCACCAUCCUGGACUCUGUCGCGGUCAAACAGCCCAAGAGCAGCUGGUGCGCGCGUGCGUGA